AUGGAUAUUGACAUCAAAGAAAAUGAGUUACAAGCUCGCAACCGUAUUGUUCGAAAUCAUAUUAAAGAGCGGGACAACUGCAUUGUUCUUAAAAUUGACACUCAUAUGGGCGACGUACAAGAUAUGUCUCCAUUCGGCUUUCAUUUCGAAUUUGAUAAGAAAAAAUACAAAUUGAGGAAAAGGGAAAUAAAAAGGCAAAAAAUAACACGCUUGUUCGCAUGGUUGGCAUAUUAUCAUCACAAAUUUGGAAUCAGACACAUCACUUUAAUAAGUUUGUUAGUUGGAUACGUGUUUCUCGGAGGGCUGAUCUUUGAAAAACUGGAAUCUCCCAGAGAGCUCGAGGAUUUAAAAGAGACAAUUAUAUUAAUGCAAGGAAUCAUCAAUGAGGAAGUUAAUGAUGUGAUCAAUGUGACUUUAAGCACAAAUGGAACAGAUCGGACAAAUCAGCUGAGUAAAAUUAUAAAGAGGUAUUAUAAAACAAUGCUUGAAGCCGAGGGACGGUUUCAUGGUAGUGUGUGGCACAAAGCGGAAAAUCUCGACAUGCACCUGAUGUGGUAUUUCUCGUCAGCUACUUUCUAUUCAAUGACUCUUUUUUCGACAAUCGGAUACGGUACAAUUUCCUGUCAAACCGUUACUGGGAAAUGUCUAUCAAUUGUCUAUGCUUCUUUCGGUCUUCCAAUAAUGCUAGUGGUGCUCGGAGAUAUUGGCGAAUGGUUUCAGAAAGUGUUGACGCAAGGAUACGUGUUCAUAUUGUUAAAGUACAAAUCACUUCGAAAACAGAAAUUGAAAGGAGACAAAACUGAUAUUGUGCUUCCUAUGUGGAUUGCCCUUUUUCUUGUCCUCGGCUACAUUCUGAUAUGCACAUUAACCAUCAAGAUGUUUGAUCAUAACGAGGGAAAUAAACCAGGAAUUGGAAUGUUUGAUGCAUUUUAUUUCACUUUCAUUAGUUUGACGACUAUUGGCCUUGGUGACGUCAUGCCUUAUAAUAUACAGUAUUCACCGUUUCUAUCAGCGGCAUUCCUUUUGGGCCUCGCUUUGAUUUCUAUCGUAAAUACUUCAAUUUACGCCCAAUUGUACAAAGUUUUCUUCAAUAUUAUUAAUUCGGUGGAGGACAAGCUUGAAGGAAUCCACAAUGAAAGAUAUCACGGUCCUGGCCAUUUGAUAUUCCGGGAUAUUGAGCCUGUGAUUCGCAUGCUGGUGUGCUCAUUCCCGGCACCUCCCAAACAGCGCAUCCAAUUCGCAUCCGGUAUUCGGGAUUCAUUCAGGAAACAUGAUCGGAAGAGUGACAGGAAUCUAAAAAGACGACAACGCAUUUUGCAGAAAAUGAAAUUGCGUACGCGUACCGCGUCGGACACGGCGGGCCUUAGCGGUUUCGACCUUUGGAUGACAAAACGGGAAGAACAGAGAGAACGUGAGAGAACUGAGGGACCAACUCGGCCACGGGCGCCAACUCUUGGAGCGUUCGGUGGAUUUGAUUUGAGCCAGUUUGAACGAAGACGCUCACGCACGGCGCCGUAUAUUCGCGAAGAAUCUGGCGAGACAGAGGAAAGUGAUCUGGAUGAUUAA